GUCGGGUCACGGGGAGGACGGUGGCGGGUGUGUCGUGCGUGUGGCGUUCAGGCAAAGCCAGAGUGAUUCGGCGUUUCAGUGUCGUUUCGCGGUGUUGUCCGUUCUACCUGUCAGUAUCGGUGACUGAGAAAACAGCGCCGUUGACUGACAUUGUUGACAGUGACUGCCACUGCAGCGUUCAGUCAUCAGUCGAGCUCAACCGUCAGGGGUCAUGCUGACAUCACAGCCGAGUGCAUAAAGAUCGAGUUUGUGAACAACGCCGCGCCACGGCCCACCGUUCUAAUCUCGCCGCCCGGGACCCAGUUUAAGAGAACGUGCCACCCAGGCGGUUUCAGUGUGAAACUAGCUCUCAAACACUGGUGGAUAUAACUCACCCGUCCCCAACUGCGACCAUUUGCGACAAACAACCGCCUUAGUUAUCACCAACCGCAACGAUUAGCAGGCAUUCGGCAGCUGACGCCAAAAACUCCAGCUCAAUCUAUUCCAACUCCAACAACUCCCCAGAGAUUCUCAGCCGACAGUCCAACCCAUCAACACCUCCUAGUUGUCCUCUGGACUCCCGAGUCCACCAUAACAGCUGUCCGGGACAGCAGUGUUCCGGACAACGGUCAUCAGCCACCUGCCGACGGCGGUGGGGCGCUGAGACGAGCCGACAGCCGCGCCGCUACCAUCGUCGCAGCCGACGGGACCGACGGAGCCGUCGGAGUCGACGGAACGGACACGUGUUGGGGCGCGGAGAGGUCGGCCAGUCGGCCGGCAGCCAGCCGCGAGUCAGGUGGUGGCGCGAGCAGUCGUGUUCAGUGGUCGGUUGGACGGUACGAGAGCGGAGGGAGGCAUACUGAGCAGUGACAACUGGUGUACAGCGGGAAGUGUUUGAUUAGCGUGCUCAGCUAAGGGACGCGUCUGAAGAAAAAAACUGCUGGUGGAAAAUUUGCUGGUGCAAUGUAGCAGUGCUGAAAAAGAAAUCGUUGAUUAAAUUUGCUAUCAAAUAAAGCCGCAGUCAGCAUCUUGGGACUAGCAAAGCGCCGUUGCUGCAGACUAGAUUACCAAAGCAUCGAAACCAGCAUGGUGGGUAAGCGUCAAGCGCUGAAGAAUAAGGCCGUGGAGGCCACAGCCAAGCUGGCAGCAAACCUCUCUCACUCCUCACCGAGUUCCAACUCUACGGGCGAAAAGACGGCAGCCGCACCCAGCACCAAGAACAAGAUCAAGAAGCGGAUCCGAUGGCGCUCCGCAGAACAGCCGCGGCCUGUGAUUGUCCUCGCUCGCCGCGCCGACAGCUGCGUGCUCCACCAGCCACCGGCCGGGUUUGCAGAGGUCGGCACAGUCCGGCGGGCCUCCAGUCCGAGCCCCAAACGGAGUAACUGUGACAGUGAGUCGAGCGGAGCUAGCGGGCCAGCCUCGCCAGCAGUCGGAGGGCCCAGGUCGCCCAACUCUCUGGAGGUGCCUCCGCAGCAGAAACUGCGUCCCCUGACGCUGCCGCCGCGACCGGUGACCGAGCAGCACGCGCGCCAGCAGUCCGCCUCGCCGCGGCCGAGCCCCUGUGUGUUAGAGGAGUGUACAGAGCUCACACCGGCCUUCCCAAAGGCGGUGACGCUCACACCACGACCGGUUAGCGAGCCGGUGCCGGAGGAGGAGGCGCCAGUGAUGCCGGCGCACCAGCUGCGCCACCGCCGCCGCUGCGCCGCCUGCCGCUCUUCCGAGCCGGCGGCGGCGCAGUGGCGCGCCGUCCGCGCCGAGUUAGCCGCAGCGCUCGAAUCGGCGCGCGGCGUGCGACCUACCUGCACUGCCCAGGAUAUCCUCAUCACGGCUCCGGCUGAGGUGAGCAGCGAUCUACCACCGUCGGGCCGGCCGCGGGCACAACCGGUGGACGGACGCACGGUGGCCGGUGACGCCCUGUGUGACUUCAACCCCGCCGAGGGGCCGUUCCAGUCCGAAUCCGCCCUGCGUGCUGGAUACUCGUGGCUGCCGGCUGGCCUGCCGUCCGGAGCUGCCGGCGAGUUCAUGCGGCAGCUGCCCGAGCAGCUGCGGCCGCUGCUGCACUCGCCCGGCCAGCGGGAGCGCACUCGCCGCCUGCUGCGCCAGCUGCCCGCACACGACCUCUCGCUCGCCUGCUGUCGACACGUCAGUGCCGAGCAGCGCGGUGCGUUCGCAGAGUGGGCGGCCGCGCGGCGCCGGCUGGCGCUCGAGGCGGGCGUGGUGACGCGUCUGAUGGGCACCAAAGUCUGCCGCGGCUGCCGAAAGACCAUCACCGCCGGCGCGCUGGCCGUCACCGCGCGUCGCUUCCCCAUCUCUGCCUGGCACCCGGCCUGCUUCCGAUGUGCCGACUGCGCCGAGCCGCUCGCCGACCUGGUGUUCUGUGAGCUGUUCGGAGAACCGCUCUGCCUCCGUCACCACGGCGAGCGACUGCGACCGCGUUGUGCCGCCUGUGACGAGCUGAUAUUCUCGGGCGAGUUUGUGUGCGCGCUCGGCCUGGCCUGGCACCGCGAGCACCUCGCCUGUGACCGAUGUGCAGUGCCUCUAGACUCGCGCCGAUUUGCGCUCCGACUCGGCGCGCCGCUGUGCCUGGAGUGUUACCGUGCCGCCGGAGCGCCCGUCUGUCUCGGCUGUGACCAAUCCAUCGAGCUCGACAGCCGCCAGCUGUCGUACGGCGGCCGGCACUGGCACAGCGACUGUUUCACCUGCCGCGCCUGCGGGACGCCUCUCGAGGGCCAGCAAUUUGCUCUGCACGACGGACGAGCUCUGUGCGCCCCCUGCUGCGGAGAGUCGGCCGUCGCGCCGGCCUGUAGCGCCUGCAGCGCCGCCAUCGCAGCAGACACACCGCAGGUCGUCUACAAGGCGUUCCACUGGCACCAGGCGUGCUUCAUCUGCUGCGUGUGUCAGACUCCUCUCGAUGCGCGCACUUUCCUACCCAAGGAACAGCGCCUCUUCUGUCCGCGCUGCUACGAGGACACGUUCGCUGCGCGCUGCCGCGGCUGUGGCGGCACCAUCACUAGUCUCGGCGUCACCUACCAGGGCGAGACGUUUCACCGGCGCUGCUUCGUCUGCGCCGGCUGUGAGACACCGCUCGCUGGUCAGAAGUUUCGCAGCCGCGCGCAGCGCUGCUACUGUGCCGACUGCUACACAAAACUGUUCUCCAAGCGAUGUGCGUCCUGUCAGGAGAUGAUCCCACGCGAGCCAGGGACAAAGUACAGCGUAUUCCGCGACCGGUGCUGGCAUAACGCCUGUUUCGUGUGCACCGUCUGCAAACAGUCGCUGGUCGGGCGAGGGUUUAUCGAUGCGGAUGGAGAGCUGCUCUGUGCCACGGCAGAGUGCGCCGCCAGCCAGCUGGCCGCCAAGGCUGACAUCUAGCGGAUAGAAGCUGAAGCUCCAGUUUCGGCGCCGGCCGCCUGGUACGCUGUGUGAAAACUGGGUUUGGGUUCAUGAGUUUCGUAAUUGCUGUUUGUUGCCUGUUGUUUGCUUUGUUUAUUUGAUGUAUCACGUCAACGAUUGCUGACAUCUUAUGGUUUUGCGUUGUUUGUGCCAGUUAUAAUGUGUACCCGUGCUGAAAUGUUGCUGAAUAAAUAUGAAGGAUAAAA